AUGGGAAAAGUUGAUCAUGGGUUUUGUUUGCUUGGAGAGAUAUUAAAGAGAGGUUAUCAUCCUGAUACUGUCACUUUUACAACACUGAUUAAAGGGGUGUGUCUUCAAGGGAAUAUUGAUUUUGCGAUCAAAAUGUUCGACAAAAUGACAAAGACGGGUAUUCAAUCUGUUGCUAUUACCUGUAAUACUAUUAUUCAUGGGCUGUGUACAACUGGUGAAGAAUAUGUUGCAACACAGAAACGUGGUGGUAAUGUAUUAACUGACUUGUCAGAGUUAGCUGAAUAUCUUGGCGAGACGUACAGAGGUUGUCUAAAUUCACUCGACAUCCUAAACUAUUGGAAGAACCAUGAACAACAAUAUCCAGUACUUUCAAAAAUGGCAGGGGAUAUUUUGUCAAUUCCUAUUUCAAUCGUCGCAUCAGAGUCUGCAUUUAGCAUUGGAGGAAGGGUGAUUGAUCGAUUUCGCAGUUCCUUAUUACCUGAAAAUGUUGAGGCGUUAAUAACAACUCGUGAUUGGGAAUAUGGAAUUGGUAAGUAA